CCAGGAAAUAGGAGCGCGACUUUCACUUUCGCUUUGAUUUCCGGCUGGGCGCAGGCGCUUGCAAGGAAUACUUAGGAAAGCCUCACAUGCCCGGGUCCAAACUCGGCUCAGUCCCAAGCCCUGUCCUCACACUCGCUUGAUCAAGAACAGCAGAGGUCCCAUAUCCAAGGUAUCUCACCCUGAAGGGGAUCCUUUUCCUUUGAACUUUGUGCCUUCUCCUAGGUAACUGAUUACUGUAGACCCAGAAGUUCCUCUCCUUUCCAUCAGAUCACACAAUUGAAUGGGAGCAAGAAUCAUGAAUAAUCAAAACACAGUGGCCAGUCUGUUGCAAGAAUGUAAGCAAGUGCUGGACCAGUUACCACCAGAAUUGGACCAGUCUAACCAAGACAAGAACGAAGAUCAGCAGAACAGAGCUUUGCUUCCUGAUGACUUAUGGACCCUCAUCGAAGAGGCAAAGGAAAUGAAAUGGCCCUUCGUACCAGAAAGGUGGCAAUACAAACAAGCCGUAGGCAUUGAAGACAAAACAAACCUGCAAGAUAUGAUCAAUGCAAGACUGCAUGACUUACUGAUUUAUUUGAAAACUUCUAUUGCUGCCAGGGAUUAUGUGACAGCAGCUGCUAUUGUGUUCCUGAUUGAUCGGUUCUUAUAUUGGGUUGACGGCUCCAGCCAACUUCUUCAGAUUGCCAAAAAGCUGCACAAACUUCAACCUACUACGCCAAUUGCCCCUCAGUUGGUGAUACGCCAAGCUCGUGUCUCGGUAAAUUCAGGUAAACUGUUAAAGGCCGAAUAUAUCCUUAGCAGUCUUAUUAACAACAAUGGAGCCACAGGUGUGUGGAAAUAUGCUAAAGAAAGUGAUCGGAUCCUUGUACAAGCAGUUUGCAUACAGAUCAGAGGACAGAUUCUACAGAAAUUAGGAAUGUGGUACGAAGCAGCUGAGCUAAUCUGGGCCUCAAUUUUGGGUUACUUUACACUUCCCCAGCCAGACAAAAAGGGGAUUGCUACAUCAUUGGGGAUUUUGGCUGACAUCUUUGUCUCCAUGAGUGAAAAUGAUUAUGACCGUUUCAAAAAUAAUUAUCAGUUUGAUCUGCAAAACCUCCUUAAAGAGUUUGACCAUCGUUUACUUUCAGCUGCUGAAGCUUGCAAGCUGGCAGCAGUCUUCAGCCAGUUUACCCCUCUGUUUGUGCUCACAGCAAUGAAUAUUCGUGGAACGUGUCUGCUGUCUUAUAGCUGCUCAAGCGUCUGUCCUUCAGAAGAGCAAAUGUUGUAUUUGUCUGAAGCAAAAGAGUCAUUUGAAAUUGGUAUUCUCAGUAAGAAGAAUGAAGAACCCAUCACCAGCAAACAGGAACUCCACAGUUUUGUUAAGGCUGCUUUCUGCCUUACAAAAGUGCACCAGCAACUUUAUGGGGAGAGUGAGAAACUUACUUGGAUUAACCAGUUGUGUCAGGAUGCCUUGGAGAAAGUAUAUAUUUAUAGUCAUUCAAGACACACUGGGCAGCAAGACAAAGAACAGCUGGCCAAGGAUAUCAUGGGCAUAAUCAUGUCUGUUAAGGAGCAACUGAAUGUGCAGAGUUUCCAUAAUUCUGAUGCCAAGUCUUACAUUCCAGAUAGCUACAAAAUGUGCAUUGACAAGCAGAUUGUCAGUCAUGACUUGAAUUUUGAGAAUGUCCUCAAAAUACACUCCCAGCAUCAUGAAGCAGUCUGUGAGGUUUUUGAAAGUGCUUGCAAGAGCCGAAAGAUGAGAUCAGAAGAAUGCAAAACGGGAGCCUGUAUAACCACUUUGAAAACUGAAACCAGAAAUGUAGACACAGUGUGUAUUACUGAAGAAAAGUCAUAUCAUGGAGGUGUGAAGAUUCCAUUUCCACAAAAGGCAAGGAAAAAUCAUGAGAGUACUAAGGGCCAAAAACGAAAUAAAUUAAUCCGUAAUGCUGCAGUAGAUUAUUCCCUUGAUGAAGAAACAGAGUGUGAAUAUGAAGGUAGGAGUCAAAACAGUGCUGAUGGCAUUUCGGAUGGUUCUCAAAACAGGAGUGAAAUUUCCAGUUCACUGAGGUCAUGGAGCAAGUUUUCCAGGUCAAGCUCCUCUUCCUUUAGUUGGGAAGAAAUUGGUUGCAAGGCAAGUGAACUGCCCCAAGAUAAUAUACAGAAUGAAAAGAUCAGUAUGGAGAAGGAGCGAGCUUGCUCUCCAAAAUUGAAUGAAGAUGCCUUGAGUAAUGGAGUUACAGAAACAGGCCCAAAUUUCAAACAUUUGGAAGAAAAAAUAGAUGCUGCCAAAGAGCCACACAGUGAUAUCAGUAGUACCAACUUGAUACGUAACACUGAGUCUUUGAGUCUUGUUACAAGGCUCAGUUCUGAACAAGAUCCAUUUCGAAUUAGCAUUUCCAGGACCAGGGACAGCACCAAGAACUCUGGUGGAACAUCUUACCAUAAUCAAUGCAGUGCUGGGAGUGAACAUGGAGAAGAUCCUGAAUGUGAUGAACCAAUUGCUAGACAUCUUUGGCCACUGGUUGAUCCAGAAGGAGAAACAGUGGACACAGCUGAUGAUACCCAAAUGCAUUUACAUCAACCUAAUGAUAAGAUGACAUCUACUUCCAUAAACAACGAUGUGUCUGAAUAUGACAAUUUUGUCCUAAAUUGGAUUAACAAAUCAACCCCUACCAGACCUAAACCUGGCUCAUCUGAAAUGCCUGAUGUUGAUCCCCAAGCAGAAACAGCAACAGAGUGGGAAUAUGUUUCUGAUAGUGCCAGAAAGUCACUAGAUAACCUUGCUGGCAUAGAUGUAAUAAGAGAACAACAAAAUUACAAACCUGGGACCACAAGUGUUCCUUCAGGGAGGGAUAACAAACCAUUAGCAAAUCAAUCUAGCUAUUGUGCUGCAACCGAAGAAGGUGAUGAUGAAAAGCAAAAGGACAUUUUGAGCAUCAGUCACAGUUCAGGCUCCUCUAUGAAAUCAUGGUACAAAGCUCCCCAUUUUUCCAGCAGUUUUUCAGAACUGGGGAGUCCUUAUUUUUUGAACUCUAGUGUAAGCUCUUUUCUUUUUAUGGAAAUGACAAAAGAACAAAUCCUACAAACUCGCAUUCUGAGUGAUGAUGACUACGCUAAACUUCUGUCAGGUGUAGAUCACACCUGGUUAGUGGAAAGAAUGAAAAAUACAGGGCUGUUUAAGCCAAAUGUGCGGCGUAAAUGUCACUCUGCUCUUCUUUUGAAAUACUCCAAGAAAUCUGGGCAGUGGACCGCUCAAGAAACCGCUGUCUAUAUCGGAGACUACCUGAGUGUGACCAAGAAAGGAAGACAAAGAGAUGCCUUUUGGAUACACUUUCUACAUCAAGAAGAGACUCUGGGAAGAUACAUUGGUAAAGAGUACAAGGAUGAGAAAGAGCUUGUUCACCAUUUUAGUGAUGUGGAAAGGCAAAUGACUGCCCAGUACUAUGUGACGGAAUUCAACAAAAGACUCUACGAGCAAAAAAUCCCAACCCAAAUUUUUUACAUCCCAUCAGUAGUACUCUUGUUACUAGAAGGCAAAUCUAUAAAGGGAUGUGUAAGUGUGGAACCCUACAUGCUGGGAGAAUUUGUGAAGUUAUCCAAUAACACUAAAAUAGUAAAACUGGAAUACAAAGCCACAGAAUAUGGACUUGCUUAUGGCCAUUUCUGCUAUGAAUUUUCUCAAGGCACAGAUGUGGUGGUUGAUUUACAAGGCUGGGUGACUGGUAAUGGGAAAGGCCUCAUUUACCUCACUGAUCCUCAGAUUCAUUCUGUCUCUCAGAAAGAUGCAUCUUGCCUGACAAACUUUGGAAAGAAAGGGAUUUACUAUUUCUUCAACAAUCAGCACACAGAAUGUAAUGAUAUUUGCCGCCUCCUUUCUCUAACAAGACCAUCAGUUGAAAAACCAAACUGAAUUUUAACAAAAUUGAGGGUUUUUUCCAAGAGACUCUUAAGUUAAUACACAACAGUAUUUUCUGCAUCACAGUAUCCAAUCCAAUCAAAUCACAUUGUACAUCUUUUAAUGUAUUGCAGUUUCAUAAUCUCUAUUUUCUUUGUGCAAUAGCAGCAAUCCCCUAAAGUAUCACCUUUUUAAUGCCACUUCUCCCCUGACAUAGCCAUGUGGAGAGUGGGAUAUAGGAUCAUAAAAUCAUAGAACCAUAGAGUUAGAUGACACCACAAGAACAAAGCAGUCCAACCUCCAACUAUGCAGGAACACACAAUCAACGCACCUACAACAGUUGGCCAUCCAGCCUCCAGAAAAGGAAACUCCACCACACUCCCAGGCAACAUAUUCCAAGCUGAACAGCUCUUACUAUCAGGAAAUUCUUCCUAAUAUUUAUUUUGAAAUCAUAGCUAAGAAGUGUGUAGUGGUGGGGCUUUAACCUUUGUGCUUAGUAAAGGAAAAUUGGUGUGUGUGCGUGCGUGUGUGUGUGUGUAGUGAAUAAGAGAACUGGAAUAAAUAAGGCAGGUAUAUGGUUAGACAUAUGGUCAAACUCUUCUUUUUCAACCACCAUCAUUAUCUGGUCACUUCUUGUUCCUGUUUUAGAGACUUCAAUUUAAAUCUGUCACCUUCUGUAGAUCUGUUUAGAAUACCAAGGGAGAUUUCUUUUUUGCUCUGCUCCACCAACCAUUGUCAGUCCUUUCCCUGGUCAUUUGGUGGUGGGCUUGCACUCAUAAAGUGGAGAGGAGGGGGAAUGUGGGAUUAUACUCUUGCUUCCAGCUAUGUAAUAUUUUCAGCCUAUUCCUGGUUUGACAUCCGCUCUCUUUGAAUGUUUUGUGGAAAGGGUGCUGUCCACUGCCGUCAACAGAGCACGCCCUGAGUAAAAGCAGCUGCUGCUUUUCCUUUUUCUUUCACAAAUUAUGAAGCCAUCUUUUGUGUUUUUAGAUCAAAGCUUGUCAUUCAUGGAUGUGACCUCCCUGGACUUUUGUCAGCUACCACCUGGAGAACUGGAAAUAACCCAGAGCGGAAUUACCCUCAUUCACAUUUUAAAUAUUCAAGGGGGGGAAAGUCUAACGUCACAGAUUCCAAUGGUCUUCCAAGCCCAAAGCCCAGUACCAUGGGACUGUCACCUGCACAGGGCUGAUAGAAAUGAAUGAGAACUACACAAAAGCAAUACCCCUUGCACACUCUCGAUCUUUUCUUUGCAUUGGGGCUGGUGUAUGGCAACUUUCCAGUGAGCUGUGCCCCUAAUCCCCCCGCCCUUUAAAAGUACUGUCGGUGCCACUUUCCCCAUGUUAAACAAUGAUGGGAUCUCUCCUAUACACCAGACAUCUGUUUCAUACCACCCUGUCAUUUGGCAUUCUUUUGAACAGAUCGAAAGGCCAUUUCACAUGACCCUGGAUUUGUGCCAAAAUGUGGUUUGGCAAUGUGUAGAUGACACUUGUGCAGAGAAAUUGUUGCAUGCCUGCUUUAUUGUGUACUUAGUUUCUCCAAUGCUCCCCUCCCAAUUUUGCUUUGUUGCUCUUAUACCUUUGGGGUGGCAUGGCAUCAUAUGAGCAUAGAAAAAAACAACAUUCAAGAUGUUGCACCCCCUUCAGAGAGUUGCCAUAUGAAUUCAACUAGCAGGCAUAAUGAUCAACUUAGGUAAGUGGUGGUUGUGAAAUAAUCGCUGUUCUAAAUACCAGCAUGUUGAAUUGGCAGUGUAUCUGUGAUGUUCUGGACAUGAUGCAUUAAAUAAAGAAAUUAAGGUUAUUUUUGCAAUGUACGAUAAAUAUACAGUAGAGUCUCAGUUAUCCAACAUAAACGGGCCGGCAGAAUGUUGGAUAAGUGAAUAUGUUGGAUAAUAAGGAGGCAUUAAGGAAAAGCCUAUUAAAUAUCAAAUUAGUUUAUGAUUUUACAAAUUAAGCACCAAAACAUCAUGUUAUACAACAAAUUUAACAGAAAAAGUAGUUCAAUACGCAGUAAUGCUAUGUAGUAAUUACUGUAUUUUAGCACCAAAAUAUCAUGAUGUAUUGAAAACAUUGACUACAAAAAUGCGUUGGAUAAUCCAGAACGUUGGAGAAGCAAGUGUUGGAUAAGUGAGACUCUACUGUAUUGAGAACCUCCACAAGAGUGUGAUACUGACAGGAUUUGGGUUAGUAUGUUCUUAACAUCCACAAACCACCAAUUAUGGCACCUAUUUCAGUAGAACUCUUGGGUCAACCACAUGGAGUAUUAUUACAAUCAAGAGAAUCCUCAAGUACAGCUGUGUUGUUGUUUGCCUUCAAGUCAUUUCUGACUUACAGCGACCCUAAAGUGAACCUAUGUUUGUAAUGUUUUUAAUUUAUUAUUCUGUGUUUUAACAUGUGCCGUUGGGCUUGUCCCCAUGUGAGCCACCCCAAGUCCCUUUGGGGAGAUGGAGGUGGGAUACAAAAAUAAAGUUGUUGUUGUUGUUUUUAACUAUCAUGGGGUUUUCUUGGCAGAAUUUGUCCAGAAGGGGUUUGCCCUCGCCUACUCUGUAGCUGAAAGAGUGUGACAUGCCCAAGGUCACCCACUGGGUUUCCAUGACUGAGGAUGGAUUUGAAGACUGGUCUCCAAGUGUUCUAAUCCAAUUAAAUCACUACACCAUUCUGGCUCACCUGCUCUAAAUGAGUACAUUAAACAGCGAAUUCCAUA